AUGAGUCCUCUGGUCCUACCGGCAUCGGAACAGCUUCUCUUCCUCGUAUCACUAAUCGGACGUAAAAUCUUUAAUCCAAAGUGGAAACCGUACAUACCGGAUUUCAAGAUGGCCUUCGAGCAUUUCUGCAUCCACGCAGGAGGAAGAGCAGUGAUCGACGAGCUGCAAAAGAGCCUACAGCUUUUAUCGUGA